AUGAACAGCCGCUUUAAGGAGGAGGUAGAGCAGAGGAUACAGGAGGAGAUAGAGCAGGAGAGACAGGAGGAGGUAAAGCAGAGGAGACAGGAGGAGAUAGAGCAGGAGAGACAGGAGGAGGUGGAGCAGGAAAGACAGGAGGAGGUAGAGCAGGAGAGACAGGAGGAGGUAGAGCAGAGGAGACAGGAGGAGGUAGAGCAGGAAAGACAGGAGGAGGUAGAGCAGGAGAGACAGGAGGAGGUAGAGCAGAGGAUACAGGAGGAGGUAGAGCAGAGGAUACAGGAGGAGGUAGAGCAGAGGAUACAGGAGGAGGCAGAGCAGGAGAGACAGGAGGAGGUAGAGCAGAGAAGACAGGAGGAGGUAGAGCAGGAGAGACAGGAGGAGGUAGAGCAGAGGAUACAGGAGGAGGUAGAGCAGGAGAGACAGGAGGAGGUAAAGCAGAGGAGACAGGAGGAGGUAGAGCAGGAGAGACAGGAGGAGGUGGAGCAGGAAAGACAGGAGGAGGUAGAGCAGGAGAGACAGGAGGAGGUAGAGCAGGAGAGACAGGAGGAGGUAGAGCAGAGGAUACAGGAGGAGGUAGAGCAGAGGAUACAGGAGCAGGCAGAGCAGGAGAUACAGGAGGAGGUAAAGCAGAGGAUACAGGAGGAGGUAGAGCAGAGGAUACAGGAGGAGGUAGAGCAGGAGAGACAGGAGGAGGUAAAGCAGAGGAGACAGGAGGAGGUAGAGCAGGAGAGACAGGAGGAGGUAAAGCAGAGGAUACAGGAGGAGGCAGAGCAGGAGAUACAGGAGGAGGUAGAGCAGAGGAUACAGGAGGAGGUAGAGCAGAGGAGACAGGAGGAGGUAGAGCAGAGGAUACAGGAGGAGGUAGAGCAGGAGAGACAGGAGGAGGUAAAGCAGAGGAGACAGGAGGAGGUAGAGCAGGAGAGACAGGAGGAGGUAAAGCAGAGGAUACAGGAGGAGGCAGAGCAGGAGAUACAGGAGGAGGUAGAGCAGAGGAUACAGGAGGAGGUAGAGCAGAGGAGACAGGAGGAGGUAGAGCAGAGGAUACAGGAGGAGAUAGAGCAGGAGAGACAGGAGGAGGAGAGACAGGAGGAGGUAGAGCAGAGGAGACAGGAGGAGGUAGAGCAGGAGAGACAGGAGGAGGCAAACCAGGGGAGACAGGAGGAGGUAGAGCAGAGGAGACAGGAGGAGGUAGAGCAGGAGAGACAGGAGGAGGCAAAGCAGGGGAGACAGGAGGAGGUAGAGCAGGAGAGACAGAAGAAGGUAGAGCAGGAGAGACAGGAGGAGGUAGAGCAGAGGAGACAUGAGGAGGUAGAGCAGGAGAGACAGGAGGAGGUAGAGCAGAGGAGACAGGAGGAGGUAGAGCAGAGGAGACAGGAGGCGGUAGAGCAGGAGAGACAGGAGGAGGUAAAGCAGAGGAGACAGGAGGAGGUAGAGCAGAGGAGACAGAAGGAGGUAGAGCAGAGGAGACAGGAGCAGGUAGAGCAGGAGAGACAGGAGGAGGUAGAGCAGAGGAGACAUGAGGAGGUAGAGCAGGAGAGACAGAAGAAGGUAGAGCAGGAGAGACAGGAGGAGGUAGAGCAGAGGAGACAGAAGGAGGUAGAGCAGAGGAGACAGGAGCAGGUAGAGCAGGAGAGACAGGAGGAGGUAGAGCAGAGAAGACAGGAGGAGGUAGAGCAGGAGAGACAGGAGGAGGUAAAGCAGAGGAGACAGAAGGAGAUAGAGCAGAGGAGACAGGAGCAGGUAGAGCAGGAGAGACAGGAGGAGGUGGAGCAGGAAAGACAGGAGGAGGUAGAGCAGAGGAUACAAGAGGAGGUAGAGAAGAGGAGACAGGAGGAGGUAGAGCAGAGGAGACAGGAGGAGGUAGAGCAGAGGAGACAGGAGGAGGUAGAGCAGGAGAGACAGGAGGAGGUAGAGCAGAGGAGACAGAAGGAAAAAAGAAUGCUUCGAGGUCAAUCAGCCCCCCUCGGUACAUUUGUAACCAAGCCCCCCCCCCUGAAAUAA